AUACCCUUUUCCAAGCUCUUCCCCUGUUACUCCCUCCUCUCUUUUCUAAUUUAAUGACUCUAUUCUUUCCUACCUCCUUACAAAGAUCCAUCUCUCUCUCUCUCUCUCUCUCUCUCUCUCUUCACGCCAUCCCAUACUGUAUCAUUUCUUUUUACUCGUGUAUUGAUUCGUUGUUCUCAAUUUGCUUAAUCUAAUAGUAUAUUCUUGUGUUCUCUGAUUUGAAUUUUUCUUUAUUAUGUUCAUCUUCAAGAUUGGGUCUGAGUAUUUUCUUCUUCUUUUAAGUUGGGCAUAUGGAUAUUGUUGUAUAUAAACAAUCUUUACUGGGUAUUGCUUUGAAAUGGUUGUGGUGGUUCUUGGAUUUUGAUGUGUCGUGUUUGGUUGCUUGAACUUUGCACUUUCUGUUGCUGUGAUUGAGAUUUCAAUUUCAAGCAAUGGAGAGGUUUAUGGCUAGUUUUUUUUCUCCUUUAGCAUUGAAUACUUUAGGUUGUUGAAAAUAGUAUGAAGAACCUUUUAAAGAAACUUCACAUCAUGUCUAACCAAUCUAAAGAUUCUCAAGGGUCCGCUUCAUCCAAGGGCAAUAAAUUGAAUGAUGGGUUAAAAACCCCCGACCCUGAGAGGUUUUCACAGUCUCGUUCCCAUCAUAAUUCUGAGCAUAAACCCUUUUCUGUUUCAGGAUGGUUGAAUUCAGUUACAAAUAGAAACAAUCCUAAUCCUAGUCCUAGCACUAGUCCCCCAUCAUCUUCGAAUGCGAUGAGAGGGGAGAGAAUGGAAACCCUUGAUUCAGUUAGUAGUGGUGGAUUGGAUGCUGUUUUGGAAGCUGCAAGGUGUGAUUCAGGUUCUAACAACCCGAAGGAUAAUCCGGAUAUAGAGGAAUAUCAAAUACAAUUGGCCUUGGAAUUGAGUGCAAAGGAGGACCCUGAAGCAGUUCAGAUUGAAGCUGUCAAGCAGAUCAGUUUGGGAUCAUGUCCUCCUGAGAAUACUCCGGCAGAAGUUGUUGCAUAUCGAUACUGGAAUUACAAUGCUCUUGGCUAUGAUGACAAGAUAUUGGAUGGGUUUUACGACCUAUAUGGCAUCUUGACGGAGUCCACUUCAUCACGGAUGCCAUCCCUUGUUGAUCUGCAAGGAGUGCCGAUGUCAGAUAACAUCAGCUGGGAAGCAAUUAUGGUCAAUAGGGCUGCUGAUGCUAACCUAUUAAAACUUGAACAGAAGGCACUAGAGAUGGCAGUCAAAUCAAGGUCAGAAUCUCUAAAUGUUGUAGGCAGUGAUGUGGUAAGAAAGCUAGCUGCCUUGGUUUCUGACUACAUGGGGGGUUCAGUUGGGGAUCCAGACACCAUGUUGAGAGCAUGGAAAAGUCUUAGUUAUAGUUUGAAGGCAACACUUGGGAGCAUGGUUUUGCCUCUUGGUUCUUUGACAAUUGGAUUGCCCCGUCAUCGUGCAUUGUUGUUCAAGGUUUUGGCUGACAGUGUGGGCAUCCCUUGCCGGUUAGUGAAAGGACAGCAAUAUACUGGUUCUGAUGAUGCAGCAAUGAAUUUUGUAAAGAUUGAUGAUGGAAGGGAGUACAUUGUUGAUCUAAUGGCGGACCCUGGCACGCUGAUUCCAUCUGAUGCAGCAGAAUCACAUGUAGAAUACGACGGAUCUUUCUUUUCCACUAGUCCUUUGUCCAGAGAUGUUGACUCAUCUCAUGUAGCUUCCUCUAGUAGUGGGUUUGCUAGUUCAUUUGAAGACCAUUCAGACUCUGGGACAUUGGAGAGGAGAUACAAGUCUAGAAAUCUUACCGUGGCAGGAAAUGAAUCUGAUGACAGAGGUGAAUACCUUCCUUCUGCAAAUUUAAUCAUACCAAUUAAAGGUGAGGGAGGAUGUGAGAUGUCAGAUGAUUUCAGAAAUCUGUUAAGUGUAAAGAAAGAGCUGGCUCGGGAAAUUCUGAGCAGGCCUAUUUAUCCUUACAUGCAUGCAAGAUUUCCUUCCUGGACCGAAGGUGUUAGCUCCCCGGAUGUACGCAGAAUGAAGGUGAAGGAUGUUUCACAAUACAUGAUUGAUGCCGCCAAAGAAAAUCCACAGUUAGCUCAGAAACUUCAUGAUGUGUUACUUGAAAGUGGUGUUGUUGCUCCUCCAAACUUGUUUAGUGAAAUUUGUUCUGAGCAGUUAGAUGUCUCAAUGGUUGAGUCCAAGCCCCCAACUGAAGGUAAAGAGGAAAACAGAAGGAAUGAUGAAACCCAAAAAGUUACGGGUCGUGAUGAUCUUAAUCAACCUCAAUUUUUGCCACCUUUGCCUUAUCAUGGUAUGCACUAUAAAGGCAGUCUUUGUGGUCAACUGGAGCAUCAGCUAGAUUUAAGAGAAGUAACCGGAAAACCUGUUUCAUCACAACAUGAAGUAGCUCCCCCAAAUUAUGUAAAAAAUGUUCCUGUUGCAGCUGCCGCUGCAGCAGCGGCAGUUGUUGCAUCGUCAAUGGUAGUUGCUGUGGCGAAGAAUAAUGCUGAUUCAAGCCUUGAACUUCCUGUAGCAGCUGCUGCCACUGCUACAGCUGCAGCUGUGGUAGCAACAACUGCAGCUGUCAGUAAGCAGUGUGAAAACUUGGAGACUCGUGCUCAUUUGCCAAGUGGAGCUGCUGUGUUCAUUAGCCCAAUGGAUGGCACAAGCGCUGGAGAAGCAAAUGCUGCAGUUUAUGAGUCACGAGGUAGUGGUGACAAGGAGCAUGAUUCUUCAGGGGCAAAUUUGGAGGGUGAGAGAGUAUCAGAUAGAUCAGAAGGUAAUGAUAGAGCAAAAUCUGAUGUCACACUUGACAAUGUUGCAGACUGUGAGAUUCCAUGGGAGGAUAUCACCUUGGGUGAGCGUAUCGGACUUGGAUCAUAUGGAGAGGUAUAUCGUGGAGAUUGGCAUGGAACUGAGGUUGCUGUCAAGAAAUUCCUCGACCAAUCUAUAUGUGGUGAAUCCCUUCAAGAAAUCAAAAGUGAGGUCCGGAUCAUGAAAAGGCUCAGGCAUCCUAAUGUUGUUCUUUUCAUGGGAGCCGUUACUCGUGCUCCAAAUCUCUCAAUUAUUACUGAAUUUCUUCCAAGAGGAAGUUUGUAUAGGUUGAUUCACCGGCCUAACAAUCAAUUAGAUGAACGGAGGCGUUUGAGGAUGGCCCUUGAUGCUGCUCGCGGAAUGAAUUAUUUGCACAACUGCACACCAGUGAUAGUUCAUCGCGAUUUGAAAUCUCCAAAUCUUCUCGUUGAUAGGAAUUGGGUUGUGAAGGUUUGCGAUUUUGGGUUAUCCCGAAUGAAACAUAGCACAUUUCUUUCCUCAAGGUCAACUGCGGGGACGGCAGAGUGGAUGGCGCCGGAAGUUCUGAGAAAUGAACCUUCAGAUGAAAAAUGUGAUGUUUAUAGCUUUGGCGUCAUAUUAUGGGAGCUCUGUACUUUGCAGCAGCCAUGGGGGGGAAUGAACCCAAUGCAAGUUGUUGGUGCUGUUGGUUUUCAGCAUCGUCGUCUUGACAUACCAGAUGACAUGGAUCCUGCUAUUGCAGAUAUUAUUCAGAAAUGCUGGCAAACAGAUCCAAAAUUGAGGCCUUCAUUUGCUGAGAUAAUGGCUGCUCUGAAGCCUCUACAAAAGACUUUAACCACUACACAAGUGCCAAAAUCACGUGGGCCAAUGAGGAGUAGCCAGAAGUCGACCCCAUCACACACGCCUUAGAAAGAAGACCCAACAGGCCGAGAAAGAGUCAAUGAAGAAGCAAAGCCUAAUCAAGACUCUUGGAAACACCUAAUAAUUAGAGGCAGGUCCUGGAUUGCUCUUACAGGGUCAUGUAAGAAGAGAGAUCAGCUAUAAGUUCCUGACACCCAAUAUAUACUUCCAAUUUGAGAUAAACGCAAUUCUUUUGCCACGUUUGCUUCCCCCGCCUUCUUUUUUUUUUGGUUGUAUUUUGGGCUUGGCAAAGCAGCCAUCCUCGCACUUGUGCAUGUGUUGUAAAUUUUCGUUAAAUUUGUUGUAAUUAAGGUCUAAUUUUUUAUAUUUCUUUUAUUUUUUUAUUAUCUUCGAGUCAUUUUAGGGGACAGCAUAAAUUGAAAGGGUGAAACAAUAAUUGUAGAGCAUAUGGUCAUGCAAGAUGUGCUACUGCUGACACUGCAAUUUUGUUGUAAUGGAGUGCAUUAGUGUUUAGAUUCUAGGACAUAUUUGAUAAAUCAAAAUUGGAAAAACUAAAUGCAAUUGAUAA